AUGGGUGAGAACUUAACGGAACUGAAUGUAGAUGCGGACUCAAAUUUUGCUCCCAAGAUCAUUUCAGAUAUUCUUGCAGAAGUUUCAUUGAUCGACGAUUUUUCCCAGAAAUUAUCAAAGCUGGAUUUUCAUGUUAACGCAUUGGAAGAAGAAUUGAAGAAGAUCGAUUAUUUCAAACGUGAGCUUCCAAACUGCAUGCUUCUGUUAAAGGACGCUAUUGAGAAACUAAAGGAGGAGAAAUUGCAGUUAAAGGGUAAAGAAGUGAGACCAGUGAUGGAACAAUUCAUUCCUUUAAAGAGUGAUUCUGUUGAAAAUGGAAGGGGAAAAAGAUCAGGAGAUUUCAGUGAUAAAAAAAGUUGGAUGAGUUCUGCUCAGUUGUGGAGCACCCCAGUGCAGGUACAGCAGCAGCAGCAGGAGGAGGCACCGCGAAAGCAAAGGCGCUAUUGGUCCCCGGAACUGCACCAGAGAUUUGCCAGUGCACUCCAUCAGCUUGGAGGAGUACAAGCGACGCCAAAGCAGAUAAGAGAAGUCAUGAGAGUGGAUGGCCUUACCAAUGAUGAAGUGAAAAGUCAUUUGCAGAAAUACAGGCUUCAAAUACAAAAGCUUUCAAGCUCCUCAGCUGGUGUAUCAAGUAGCUCGUUAACCCACGGAGGGUCGACUAAUGGUGGUGAUCAUAGCAUAGUGGAAGAUGAGGACAAGAAGUCGAAAAGUCAGCUUCAGAAACCGCUCGGGGAGCAGCGGGAGCUUGUAUAA